AUGGAUAUACCCUUUAGUGAUAUUAAUAGUUAUAAUUCAGAUGAAGAGAAUGAUUCUAUAUUUUUAAAAGAUACAAAAAUAAAAAAUAAAAAUGAUUGCAAAAAUGUUAGUGAUAAUAAUGAUGAGUUAGAUAAUAUGGGUAUAUCUCAAUGUGUUGAUGAAACGAGAAAGAAACUUUAUGAUGAUAUAAAAAAUAAGGAUAUUUAUAAUAACAUUAAUAAUAAUAACAAAACUAUUCAUAUUAGUAUAUAUGAUGGUCAAAAGAAACGUUAUGUGGAGCAUCAGAAAGACAAAGUAGAAUGUAUGGAUGAAGAAAAUAUAUUAUAUCAUAAAAAUUUUGAAAAAGAAAAGAAUAAUGACAAUGUAGAUGGAGAUGAAUGUAAUGAUAAAAUAAAUAUUGGUAAGAAAGAUAUGUCAUCUAAAGAAAGUAUGAAAAGAAGUAAAAUAUUUUAUAAAGAAUGUAUGUCAGAUGAGAAAAAUGAAAGUAAGAAUGUAACAAUAGAAAAUAAUACAGUUGUUGAAAUUGUCGAAAAUUUGGGAGAUAAGACAUGCACAUAUGAAGAAGAUGAUUACAUAAAUAAAAUGACUAUGAAGAAAAAAGAGAAUAUAGAAGAAGGAAUAAAAUUAUUAUCGAAUUUGAAGGAUGAUGUUGUGAUUGGAUGUAUGGAAAAUAAAGUAGAUCAAAAUAAAAUCAAGAUAUCACAAGGUAAUAAUGAUAAAAUAAAAGUAACACAUAAUGAUUGUAAGGAUAAUGGAUAUGUAAAAAAUUAUGAUAAAUAUAAUAAUAAAUAUAAUAAUAAAAAUAAUAAUAAUAAUAAAAAUUAUAAUAAUAAAAAUUAUAAUAAUGUGAGCAGUUUUUUAUAUCAUAACGAUGCAGAUAUAUGUGCCGACUCAACCUUUUCAACUCUUAUAAAUAAAGAUAGAAUAUACCAUUUUGAUCAGUCCGCUUUAUAUUUUCAAAGAAAUUUUGUAGAAUCACAGAAAAAAUUAGAAUCUAAAAAGGAAAGGAUAACAUUUUCUUUUAGAGAUAAUCAUUGUGAUGAUAUAAAAAAAAGUGUUGAUGAUAAUAGGUGUAGUAAAUUUUUUCACAACGAUAAGGAUGAAUAUACAAAUUAUAUGUUAAUAAAAGAUGGGAAUAAAAAAAACGAAUUGAAAGAAAAAAAGGAGAAAUCGUCUAUUCUUUUUAAUGGGCAUGUUUUAUAUGGUAAUAAAUCUGUUGAUAUGUUAUAUAAUAAUAAGUGUAUAAAUAAGAAGAGAGAAGGUAAGAUGAAUGACAAACAAAUCAUGAAAUUAAAAGAAAAAUCAUGUGAUAAGAAUAUAUAUUCUAUACAUAAUAGAAUAAAAAAGAAGGAAGAGAAUAUUUGUGUAAAGGAUAAUAUUCAAAAUAAAAAAAAGAAGAUACAAGAGAAAAACAAAAUACAUAUUAAUUUACAAAAUAUUUUUGAUAUGAAGACAUGUAAGAAGAACAAUGAUAUGUUUACUUGUCCUAUGAAAAAAGAGAAACAGAUUGAUGCUUAUAAGAAUUAUGGAAAUAGAAUAUAUAAAUGGGUUGUAAAAAA